AAGAUGAUUCCUUUAGAGAGAAGAGAGAAAGAGAAUAAGAAACGAGAAAGAAAAGGACAGAAGGUGAAUACAGGGAGACUUCAGCAAGAAGAAAAAGGGGGAAUCAGAAAAGAAGGGAUAGAGGUAAAGACAUUUUAUAGAAAGGAAAUGAGUUAAAAGAAGUUAAAAAUCAUAGAAACAAUGAAAUAACUAGAAAAGGAUAGAAGAAAAAACAAAAAACAAAGAAAUCUUUGUUAUCUUAAAGAUAACGAAUAGGAAGAAAAAAAAACUGAAGGAAGAAGUUGGGAGAUGCAAGGUAUUUAAUAAGGAAAGCAAAGAGAGGAGGAAGAAAUAGAAGAGACAUCCUUUGCACCAGGGACACGUGUCUCUUCCAGGAUUUAAAGCAUCGUCAGCGAGAGACAGAGGGAGGAGAGAGGGCCUUAAAGAAAAAGAGGAGGGAAAGAGAGAGAAGGGAACAGAGAUUGGGAGAGAGAACGUGAAACAGAAGUGAAAGAGAGUUGUCUGUGACUUGAUACAAAUGACACUGUGAUAUCCCAAGGUGGCACUUCACUUUCUGGACAGAUCCUAUAUCCUAUCAUCCAAUUAUUCACAAGCACUUACUUUAAAGAUACCCAAGCAUACAUUUCUAUGACUUCAACCAAAAGCAGUGUAUCGUUUCUGAAUACCACAUGGAAAUCUCUUCUGUUUUAAACAGGUAUUCCUGCUUACAGUCUUACGGCAUGGGGAGCAGUGGAACAAACCUUCCAACGGUCACGCACUUGGAGCUGCAGGAUUCCUCACUGACUAGCUUGGAUAAGCCUUCUGAAGAGGGUGCACCUGGGUACUAUCUGCCAUUUUGUGACAUGCUGUACAGUGGUGAUGGAGGAAACUGGGUUCCCAAAAGUCUCUUGUCAAGUGCACAAAGAGAAGCUCAAAAGGAACCUGAGCAAUGCCCUGUUAUAGACAGUCAAGGACUUCAUCAUGAGCUGGAAUACCAAACAUCACUACACCUAGAGGAACAUUCUUUGGAACAAAUGCAGACUAUGGUUGUAGGGGAAGUUUUAAAAGAUAUUGAGACAGCAUGCAAACUACUCAAUAUAUCCGCAGAUCCCAUGGAAUGGUCCUCAGGUAAUGUUCAGAAGUGGAUUCUAUGGACGGAGCACCAGUAUCGCCUUCCGCAAGUGGGUCGUAGCUUUCAGGAUCUGACUGGAAGAGACUUGUGUGCCGUAAAUGAAGAUGGUUUCCGAGACAGGUCUCCACUGUGUGGGGAUGUCUUGUAUGCUCACCUGGACAUAUGGAAGUCAGCAGCUUGGAUGAAAGAGAAGACAGGAUCUAGUGAUAUGAGAUACUGUGGUGGAAAUGGAUCCGUUGGUGAAUGCUGGGCAGACACAGAAGUAGAUUCCUCCAGCUCUGGGCAGCCCAUUCAUUUAUGGCAAUUCUUGAAAGAGCUUUUGCUAAAGCCACACAACUAUGGAAGUUCUAUACGCUGGCUUAACAAAGAAAAAGGUAUUUUUAAAAUUGAAGACUCUGCUCAAGUUGCACGCCUCUGGGGUAUUCGCAAAAACCGCCCAGCAAUGAACUAUGAUAAACUGAGUCGAUCAAUUCGACAAUAUUACAAAAAGGGAAUUAUCCGCAAGCCGGAUGUAUCACAGCGCCUUGUCUACCAAUUUGUGCAACCAUUAUAGGAGAUGUCCAUCUAUAUGGAUCCAUAACAAAGUAAAGCGUUGUAAGUGAAAUACAGAAAGAGGAAACGAGGCCCAAAACACUGGAUGAUCCACACACUGGAAUACAGCAGUCCCAUUGUUUCAGAGUUUAUAUUUAUUACAGAAAAAAAUUUCUCCAACAAGCUGAUCAAGGCUUUUAGAUCAGCAAAAACUCAAUAUUUGCUGAAUGUUAUGCUUCAAGAGACUUCAACCAGCACAGGAGACGUAGAAUCCAGUACAUUUUCCAUUUACUCAGUUAUCAUCACUGCCUUCUUUCUUAGAGAUACUCACUGAUGUGAGACCUGCUGGACUCAGUGACCUUAUAGGACAAUAGGAGGUGGGUAGAGUAGGACAGAGUGACCACAAAGCACUGUAAAAAUAAUACAAAAUCAAAUACAUUAGAGAAAAACUUGACACGAAUGUAUGCUUUGGAUCUGUACUACAUGAAGUGGUAAUUUUUUUUUUUAGAUGAAUUAUUUAUUGUAGCAGCAUAACACAUAAAUUAAUUGUACAACAUACUGAAUAAAACUCAGAACUCAUAGUGCCAUUAUGGGUGUAAAAGUACAUGAAUAUACAUUGUAUGUAUAUAUCACUGUUAGGUAAAACCUACAGUUGUUUUGCUGGAUUAUUCAUGUGAUCACUUUUUAUUUUACAUUUCAGCCUAGCUCACAAUACUGCCAAAUAAAGUGAUUUUUAUAGAUA